AUGAAAACAGUUGAAGAGCAAGCAGAAAUAGACGCUCUUAUUAAAUUGAAAGGUGGACCAGAAGAUAAUCUGUCAUGGGAUCCUGAACCAACAUUACCCAUAAUACCAAUGGUUCGAUCACAAUCAUGGGAUUUAAGUACACUUAUAUUUAAUACAUUUUUCUACACUAUUCUCACAAUUAUUAUAUUGGGAAAAGUUGUAAUUAUAUAUCGAAUAUUUUGUAAAUUUUGUAAGUAUCUAUUAAGAAGGUUGAUUUUAAUUGAUACAACCAGUUCAAUGGAACCGGAGGAUUGGAAUAAAAUACAUAUUCAUAAUUAUACGUCGAAUACUGUAGAAUAUAUUCAACAAUCACCUGAAUCAUAUAGGCUUUUCACUGAAGAUUAUAAAGAAUUAUUAAAGAUAUUAAAUUUUAUUGAUGA